AUGGAAGAGGAACUGAAAUGUUCCUAUUGUCGCAAAUUUUUCGAAGAUCCUAUUCUUCUUCUCUGUGGACAUAGUUAUUGUAGAAGGUGUGCUUUGAAGGCCCAACAACCAUCCUCUUCGGUUCGACCUGCCACCCCACUCGGUCCCACAUCCCAUUUUCCACAAAUUCUUUCCUCCUCUCCACUUUCACCUCACUGCAGCAGUAGUGGUGCUUCGGACACGAUCUCGGUAUGUAUAUCCGAUCCCGAUCAUGACAGCGAUAAAAUGUCCGUGCUGUCGGAGGCUGACUCAGGCGUUGUUUGUAGUCGAACAUCCCGGCCAUCCUCAAUCGUUGGACCACCGAUACCACGAUUACCCAGUAUUCUUACGCCUUCCACCAGUGGUGUUAUAAUUCCCUGCGGUGUCUGCCAAAAACCGUCAUAUUAUGCUGAUGAAGUGGCAAUUUCGAACGCUCCCGCCAAUAUGGCAAUUCAAAAUGUGAUCUCACGCUAUUUUGCACAACAUCCACAUCUAUCGCCGAAGGAUACAAAACAGUCCUCGGAUGAAACGAAAAAGGAACCAAAUUGUCAGCUUUGCGAAGAAGAUAUCCGGCCAGCAACAAUUUUCUGUGAACAAUGUGAUAUUUUCUAUUGUCAACCGUGUCAAGUCGCUUUACACCCGCAACGGGGCCCAUUGGCGAAACAUACACUCGUGAACGCAUCGCAAAGACGUACAACACCUACACGGACCAUUAAAGAUUUGCGAUGUGUCCAACACAAAGGAGAGACGUUGUCAAUGUUUUGCCUCGUAUGCAAAACGGCUGUAUGUUGUCUUUGUUUACAGGAAGUGAAGCACUCAAGUCAUGAUGUGCAAGCACUUUCGGCAACAUGUAAAGCACAAAAGGCUGAACUCUCAACCACCCUACAACAAUUGAGCGAGAAAGCUCGAACAGCAACGGAGGAAAUUGGACGGUUAAAACAAAUGCAUGAUAAUCUUAAUAAUUCUUGCAAUGACUUCAAGUCAAACUUGUGCAUACAAAUAGAUGCGUUAAUUGAGCAGCUUCAAACGAGAAAAGAGCAAUUGAUGCGACAUGUGGAUGAACAAAAAGAUCAUAAGAAACAAAUACUCCGAGAACAAAUUUCACGUUGUACAGCGAAAUUAUCACGGACAACUGGACUAAUUCAGUUCUGUAUUGAAGCACUUAAGGAACCCGAUGCGGCAACGUAUUUACAGCAUUCCGCCGCCUUACUACAUCGUUCGACGAGUCAAGAAUUCCUAUGGCAUCGUGAAAUGAAGACAAAACCGGACGUGGAUCCAGAAAUUGUCCUGAAUCUGGACACAAAACAUCUACAGUACUCUAUUCAAACACUCGAUUUUGCUCAGCUAAAAGCUAACCAGAAUUCACGCAUCAACGGGGAUUCCACCAGAGGUAUAGUGUACAAUCACUUGUUCCCAUCACCGCCAGUAAUCGAUGCGGCCGAAUGUUCAGCGGAGAAUAAUUCCGUUACUAUUGUAUGGCGUCCACGACAGGAUGGUUGCGCCAUCGAUGGCUAUAGUCUUGAGAUUGACAGCGGGCGGGAUGAUGGGAAAUUUAAGGAAGUCUAUUGCGGUCGUGAUACGAUUUGUACCAUCGACGGUCUUCAUUUUAACACUGUUUACACCGCUCGAGUGAAAGCGUUCAAUGCUGCCGGUGAAAGUGAAUAUAGCGAACCGAUUUGUCUACAAACAGCUGAGGUAGCAUGGUUUCAACUGACAAAAUCCCCAUCGCAAAGAGAUAUGCAACUUUCAAAUGAAUGUACAUCAUUGACUGGUACUAGCUUGGAAUAUAGGACAAUUCUCGGAUCAAUUGCAUUUUCUAAGGGUGUUCAUUAUUGGGAGAUAAGCGUAGUACGUCACGACAGUAACGCUGACAUCGUCGUCGGCGUCGCGCAACCAGCCGUCAACAGAAACAUUAUGCUUGGAAAAGAUUUACAUGGUUGGUCAAUGUAUGUAGAUGGAGAGCGAUCAUGGUAUCUACACAAUGAAACACAUCAUAGUCGUAUUGUUGGUGGUAUAGGAAAAGGAAGUGUUAUCGGCGUAAAACUGGAUUGUAAUCGUGGAACAAUCGAAUACACAAUCAACGAUAGGAAACGAUUAUUCGAGAAGAGCACGUUUGCAUUCACGAAUCUACCCCGUGGACUCUACUAUCCAGCAUUUUCGGUGAAUUGCAACUCGACAAUUACUAUACAUACUGGGCUAUGUGCACCAUCGAGUUCAAGCAGCGAUAGCGAGUAG